AUGAACGUGCCAAAUGAGCAAGAUAAGCUUGUAAAUGAGGAACAUGGUUUGGGAGAAGUAUUUGUUCCAUCUCAAGUUGUAAAGAAUUUUAAUGAAAUGGUAUCUGAUCGAAAUGUAAAAAUAAAUUGGUAAAAUAAUAGCUUCAGUUACCAUCUGAUCGAUCAGCUAAACGUUCAUCAGAUAAUUAAGGAUAAAACUAGGCUCCUUUAGUAUAUGAUAAUUAAUAUUAGUUAACUGAUAAAUAGAAUGCUUAGCCAUUAAUUAGAAAGUUAGAACCACCCUAAGAUGAAUUGAAAAAAUUAAAUAAAUAAAUGAUUGGAUCUAAUCAUCAUAGUUAGGAUGAUAUAUCUAUUAAGAGUUCAGGAGGAGCAUAGUCUCCAACUUAAUGUAAUUUAUGAUUAAUUAUAUGGCAGAGGCAACACAUAGACGACUAAAAAGAAUGAAUAGUAAAUUGAAGAAUAGACAUAAUGUUUAGAAAUAAUAAUCUGAUUUGGCUAAGAAGAUUUUAAAAAUUACUGAAAGCACUCCAUUUUCAAUAAUGAUGGCUAUAGUUACGAUUUAUGCACUCUUUGGAGAUGAUAUACGCAUACUGUCAGUUGAUAAAUAAGGUGAUGAUGUAUUCUUUGUCUUAACAGUCAUUUGUAUGGUUGCAUUUUUAGCUGAAAUAAUUCUCACUAGUAUUUGUAAACCAGAAUAUAUCUUUAAUGUAAGAAUUAUAAUAAGAUUUAGUUUUAUUUUGUUUUGGAUGUAAUAUCUACAAUUACUAUGAUAUUGGAUUUAGGAUGGAUUACUGAUACUUGGUAUUCAGGUGAUCUUUCUAGUGCAGCCUAAAUUAAAUCUAUUGGAACUGCUUCUAGAGCUGCUAGAAAGGCAGCGAGAGUUAUAAGAGUUAUUAGGUUAGUGAGAUUAGUAAAGUUAUAUAAGCAUGCUAGGUAAUAAAUGGAAAAAGAAUAAUAAAGAAAGUUACUUUAAGAUUUACUAAGAUAAGUUUAAUAAAAUAAAAGUUAAGAUUAAUAAAUACCAUAAUAAUAAGUUUCGUCUCAUAAAUAAGUACUUCCUAUUGUAUCAAAUAAUGAUGAAUAAAGGGGAUCUUAAAAUGAUAUUGAAUCUGCAAGAACUCCUGAUAAGAAUUCUAUGUAAUCCAGUUCUCAUAUAAAAACAUCUUAAACAAAUUCUGAAGAUUAAAUAAAAGAAUCUGUAGUUGGAGCUUAACUUUCAGAUUUAGUAAUGAGAAGAGUUAUCACUAUAAUUUUAGCAAUCCUUAUAAGUAUUCCAGUUCUUUCAUUGGAAACCUAUUAAGAAAUGAUUAGUAGUUAUGACUCAGGAAUAUAUAGAAUCUAUCAAUUUAGAGACAACGAACAAAUGAUGAAGUCUCUUCUUUAUUAAUAUGCUUAAUUUCAUGUGUCUGAGAUAUUUCCAAUUUAUAGUGUGGAUGUUAAAUUGGUCGGUGAUUCAAAUUCUAAAUUACAUGAAUGGAGUUUUAGCACAAAUCCUGAGAUUUUUGAAUAGCCUGCAUAUGAAACAAAAAAUCAAUACAGAUUUUCUGAUCUUUAAUAUUAUGUUAAAUCAGAAGGAUCAGAUUUAUAAAGUUAUGCAGCAGCUGAUUUAGUAGUGUACAAUUAAACAAAUGCUAUUUUGUCAAUCUUUUAAACUGUUUUUGUUUGUAUCGUAUUAGCAGUUUCAGCCCUAAUGUUCAGUAAAGAUGUUUCAGACUUAGUAAUUGAUCCUAUUGAGGCUAUGAUGCAUAAGAUUGAAACAAUUGCAGCCAAUCCUUUAGAAGCAGUAAAUAUUGAAGAAUAAGAAGAUUUAAUUAUGGAAGAAUUAGAAAAAUAAUAAGAUGUAGAAAAAUUAAAAUAAAAAGAACUUGAGAAACAUAUGGAAACCUAUGUUUUAUAGAGAUUAAUAAUGAAAGUAGGAGCAUUAUUAGCUGUUGGUUUUGGUGAAGCAGGUUCUGAAAUUAUAGCUGAAAAUAUAAAAAAAGGUGGAAGUGUUGAUCCUAUGAUACCUGGAAAGAAAAUAUUGGCCAUUUUUGGUUUUUGUGAUAUUAGAAAUUUUACUGAUGUAAUAUUUGUUAUUAAUUUUAGGCUACAGAAGUCUUGUAAUAAGGUGUUAUGGUAUUUGUAAAUGAAAUAGCUGAAAUUGUACAUUCAACAGUUGAUUCUAUGAGUGGAUCUGCUAAUAAAAAUAUUGGAGAUGCUUUUUUAUUAGUUUGGAAAUAUUCUCCAAAUGAUUAUCAUCCAGAUCCUGAUAAUCCAAAAAAUUUGAAGUUAAAGAGUGAUAAAUAUAUAAAAUAAAAAGGAGACAUGGCAGUUUUAGCAUUUUUGAAAAUAAUUACAGCAAUCUCGAUUUCUAAAAAAUUAGAAAAAUAUAAAAAACAUGAAGGUUUAAAUGCAAGAAUGAAAGAUUAUUCAGUUAAAAUGGGAUUUGGUUUACAUAUGGGAUGGGGUAUUGAAGGUGCUAUAGGAUCUGGUUUUAAAAUAGAUGCUUCUUAUCUUAGUCCUAAUGUUAAUAUGGCAUCUAGAUUAGAAGCAGCUACAAAAUAAUUUGGAGCACUUAUUUUAGUUAGUGGAAUUUUAAAAUAAUAUCUCACUGAAGAAUGUUAAAAAUAAAUGAGAAUGAUUGAUAUUGUUACUGUCAAAGGAAGUAUUGUACCUUUAGGUAUUGUUCUAUAUAAAUAAUAAAAGAAUUACACACUGUUGAUAUGUCAAUUAAGAAUUUACAAUCAAAAAUAAAAGGAUUAAGAGAUAGAUUUGAUGUAUCUUAAAUGACCCAAAAAGAAUCAAAAAAAUUUAGAGUUUUAAAUAGAUUUAAAAGGGAAGAUUUGAUGAAAAAAGUUUAAAAUAAUUAAGUUUCUGUGACUGAUCUAUUUUCUACUGAUGAUGAAUUAGCUGCAGCAAGAGAACCUUAUACCUAAGUAUUUUUAUUAAUCUAAAUGUUAGGUAUUUUAUGAAACUUGGAAACAAGGAUUUGAUUAAUAUAUAAAAGGAUCUUGGAAUGAAGCUUAAUAAACAUUUUAAAAAACUUUAGUAAUAUUAUCAAUUAUUAAAUUUUAUAGACUAUGAUACCUGAACACAAAGAUGGACCUUCAAAUACACUUUUAGAAGUUAUUCAUUCAUGUGGAGGAAAAGCUCCUAAAGAUUGGAAGGGGUUUAGAGAAUUAACAGAAAAAUGA